AUGUUUUAUGACUGGACGACACUGCAACCACAAGAUCGGCCCCCUCACCAGUUCUGUUCCUAUCCCGGCCAAUUCCCCAUUAAAGUCGAGUCAGGCUUCGAGGAUCAGGCGGAGGCGGAGAAGAGAGGGAGGGGAGCAGAGAAUCACCGGAAUGAACGGGAGCGUCUGCGGGUGAAGCAAGUAAACGCGGCCUUUGCACUUCUGCGCGACCACCUCCCAGCGCAGAUUCAAGGGGAAGGCGUGGUCGACAAAGCGAGGAGAUCCUCAAGGCGGAGCCAAAGAGUAUCGAAAGUGAGGACGCUACGUGCCGCUAUCCGGUACAUAGAAGAGCUCAUUCGGAUAUUACAGAUGUCAGAAACUGAGGAACACUCAAACAUUCGUGACUAA